GGAAGUCGUUUACUACGCACUGAUGACUUACGCAGAUUGUAGCCAUGGCAAUUUAGGCCAUCCUUGACCACAAGACGUGAGAGCGGCGAAACUGCAUCCUUGACCAGAGAGUAUAAAUGGACAGCGCCGCUAAACCCAGCAACCAAACACUGAAAGAAGCGAAGAAGAGAAGAACAAUAGUGAGCAUAUAUAAAUUUUGAGAGAAUAUAGAAUAUCAUGGUCCGCCUGUUAAAGACCACGAAGCUGUAUGUUUGGGCCGUGAUGACAGCUUUGCUGUUGGUGCAGAAUUUCCAUCCAGUCAUAGGAUACGCCAUCAGAGUACAGCGAAGAGAGGCUAAUGAUGACGCGCAGUUAUUGGAACAUAACGAAGCUGACGAAUCAAAUCACCGCAUCCAAAAGAGAUCCGUUGUUGGAGCUGGUCUGAAAUUCGUAUUAAAAAAUUUCUGGGAUGAUUUGCUGUGUCUAGGAGCGCACUUAACGACCCUAACAAACUGCAACAGUUUGUCACCCGGAGCUUGCCAAAGACUAAAAGAUUUAGAAACCAAACGCAGCGAAAUUGAAAACCUUGUGAACGAGACACUGGAGACACAAGUUGAAUGGGCAACAUUGAAUGCUACCAACGAAAAAGCCAUUACUAAUUUACAGCUAAUUGAAAAAGACUUGGAACUGGUAACAUCCAGCAACCUUCGUCUUAUGGGCUUACUAAAUUCAAUCAGCGUCAUAGAAGAAACAGACGAUAUUUACGACUCGGCCACCGAUAAUGUCACAGAGAUCAGAGUACGUUUCCAGAUUGAGAUGGAAACCUACCUGAACGGAAUCAAAGCAUCACUGUCAUCUGUAGAUUCCCAAAUCGAAUCUUUAAAACACCGCGACUACGUAAUGUUUGCUCUCAUGACAGCAGUCCCCCUUGUAGCUCUGCACACCAGCCACAUUGUAACAUCCGCCCGUCAAGCUGUUCUCACGAGAAGCCAGUCCUAUCAAGUGGUAGAUAUCGUUGGUGGCAACGGCAAGAUGAGACUCGCGUAUAACCCAGAAGGGCGCCUCUACGUCGUGCAGGAUUCUCCAGAAUUGGGGAAACUGAAGGUUCUGCAGUCGCUCGAUGACGCAGGGAAUGUUGGACGGUUCUGGAAGUUCAUGACGCCAUCUGGACAGUCUGCCAUGGUUUCCGAGUUCCUUGAAAGCUUUGACUUUGAGAGAGGCAAAAGAAUUGCUUGGCUCCAGCAAAAUAACGCCGACUAUCUGAACACACUGAAACAAAAGGGGUAUAUGAGUGCAUUCCUGAGUAGAACAGAUGGUCUUACAACAACAGAGCUAGAUGACUUUGUAAAGAAAGCCGCAGUUUUAGACCAAGAUAAGUUCUACAAGUACGAUAUCGAUAUCCCUGAAGCUGAUCUUCCAAAGAAUAUGAAAGUAGGCCUAGACUUUCUGGACCCAAAUGACAUUGCUGCGGUCAAUGCAUACAAAAGACUGAAGGCUUAUAACCCUGACCUGCUAGACAGUAUGAAUAAAGCUGGCACAACAGGUAAAUUCUUAGAUAACUCCAAAGCACUCUCAGACGCUGAGUUCGACGCCUACGUCGCAAAGGUGAAAGCAGCAGCUCCCGAGUUACCCGACGGUAACCUCAAGCACUUUGACUGGGACACGCCUGCCAAAAAAGUAACAUUCACGCAGAGGAUCAAAAGUGGUUGGUCAUCUUUCCGAAACUUUAACCUGUUUAACUGGAGGGGGCGUCAAGUGAAGAUAAGCAAUGUUCUUACCAUGGGAACUAUUGGCGGUUCCUUGAACGUCGCGCUCUGUUUGUACAUGACCAUUUCGUCAACCCAAAGUGUAGAGGAAAGAAUCGAAACCAUUGACAGUAGCCUCGACGAAGCCAAGGUGAGCGUGGAAGAGAAACAGGUAGAGCUAGAUGCUCUUCUUGUAGAGGAGCAAGACCUCUAUACAAAAGUCAAGAACAACACCGUGACCUUGUACAAUCUCUUUAGUACCGUCGAUAGCACCAUUGCAGACGACCCGAGUUGCCAGGACACUUUGUGUACAUUCCUCCGUGACGCUGCCGAAAUCCAGGUUAUCUCUGACUUCCUUGCUACGUGGAAUAAUGAUACCGUCACAUCUGGGACUAUUCUGGUUAGUCAGUUGGCUUUCAUGGCAGCCCUGGAGUCCUCCAAGACGGAAAUGCUUGACAUAUACAACUCCGCCACAGUCACCACCAACGUCAUAAAUUGGGUGACCGACGGUUUGACACUGGACAGGAUGCUGGAGAACGCAGUCUCUCUGAAUCUCGACGCCCGUCUUCCCGACCAUUUCUCCGUCCUGACGAUCAUCAAGGUCGCUUUCCCAUCGCGCACUUCCUACGAUGGAAUUCCAUUAAGUUGUAUUGGCACUUCCAUCACAACACAGGCAGAACUUGAAGCGUUCUUGGUCCAAGCAGCUCCUAUAACUGGAGAUGUUGUUGAUGACAUCAAGACUGGAAAACUUUUUGGCGUUUCUCCAGAUGUUAUCGUCGGGAUGAUAGAAAGCAAAGUUAAUUCCGCUGAUCUCCCUGCAAACCCUUGCAAUGGCCAAGCUUGUACCAGUGAUGAUGUGCUGAAGGUGAUUGCCGCAGAGUAUCCCAACGAAGCAGAGUAUUAUGGGAUAGCCUUGGCAGCAUACAGAAACACUGCUACUUGUUAGAGAUUUCUCAUCUUUGUUGAAUCCAUGUCCCAAGUAAAUGAGUUUUAAAAGCGGAUAUGCCAUUUAAUAAUAAUUUCUGUGAUCCAUAAGUGUUUUUGCUAUGCAUAAGAUAAAUAUAGGACCAUGAGUGCCAUUUUCAUUGGGGUUAUUUUUAUUAUAUUUUAAAGUUUUAAUAUUUUUUAUUCUCCCAAUCUAAAACUUUUUCCGAUAUUUGAUGCUAAAAGGUUAUUUCUUAAUAAUCUUGGUACAUGAACCGGUGUUGAUUGCAAUUUUUCGGAAGAAAAUAAAUGUUAAAUAAUUUUUGAAUAA